AUAACAGCCACUUACCUGUCCCUCGGUCCCGUGGUGUGUCCCCCGCAGCCCGUUUCACCGGCCGUCCUGGAUUCCAGGAGGCCGGCAUCUUUAGUGUGGGCACCCGGCUGUGAUAGCUUGCGGCUUCACAGACGGGUACCCACUGCGCAUGCGCGAGUAGCGCUGCGCUUCAUGAAUGGUCCUGUAGUCUUCUGGGACCUGUCACGUGUCCAAAAGACUACAAGGAGGGAGGACGUGAGGACACCUGCCGUUUCCGAUCGCCAAGGCCAGGGACCGGAAAUGGGAGCGGGUACCUGUCAAAUGCGGGUACCCGCCCCCCAAAAGGUGCCAAUCCUUAAGGGGGAGCAGUCCUUAAAGCGGAACUUCCCCUUUUGGGUGGAGCUCCGCUUUAGGUUAAAGCAGAGUUCC